AUGUCCAAAAAUAAAACUGAAGAAAAAUCUUCUGCAACAAAUCAAGAUGAUGAUGAUGAUGAUGAAAUGGAUAGAUUAGCACGACAAAUGCUUAUUGAAGAAGCUAAAAGAAAUAAAAUUCGUGCUGAAACACAAGGGGCAUUGGGAUGGCAAAAACCAACUAUGGUUACAAAUAGAAAAUUUCUACGAAAUACACUUAUUUCAAAUGCUGUACAUAAUAUUAAUAAAAAUGAACAAGAACGACAACAACGAAUAAAAAGUAUUAUGAAUAGAAAACAAGAUGAUUAUGAGCAUCAAAGAAAACGAUCACGCACACCACCACAUUCAUCAAGAAGAAAACACGACAAAGACGAUACUACUUGUGAUUUAUCGUCAAAAAGAAUAAAAAAAGAAAAAUAA